AUGAUAUGGAACGCCGAGAGCGACCACUCUUUCUUGCAGCACCUGCCGCCUCCGCCAUCCUGGAAACCCGAGAGCAUCGUGGUGUCCGCUCUCGGAGAGGAGGGGACGGGGACGGCGGAGCUUAGCCCUCCACCCCCGUCACGAAGCAGCGGCAGCGGCAACUGCAGCAGAGCCGUUGGACGAGCGGGCGGCGAUUUGAUCAGCUCCAAGCCACUAACCCCCCGUAUCGUGGCAGUAUCCCCGAGGCCCGGUCGGUCGUUCUCCCCGCCCUCUUCCCCCAAAGGAGGCGCUUCUAUGGGAGAAGGACCCCAAGAAGCUGGUAGCGGGGCUGGGGGGAGACUCAGCGGGGCCCCCCGCGGCGACGAUGAUGGCACCGCUCGGGGUUUCGGCAAGGCCGCGGGCGGCGACGGAUCGGGCGCGGAAGAGAAAGACACCGCUUGGAGACGCCUUGCGAAGUGGGUCGGCAGCAGCAGCGGCAGCACCGGCGGCGGCGGCGGCGGUGGAACCUCCGCAGCUGCCGCCAAGCUGGCCGCGGUGGCAAGCGCUGGGUCGUCGAUGUCCUACUCGAGGUGGUUCGCGGGAUCGAAGCUUUCGCCGGGGUCGGAACAAUCGGGGGCGUCCUUGUCUCCAACACCGUGGUCCCGCCGGAGAGGCAAGAAAGAGCGGCCGACUCCCACCCUCAUGGAAGAGCUGUACCAAGACCUUGCGCAGCUGCGGGCCCGGCUUGAGGAGGUGCAGGCCGGCAUUGAUGACAAGUCCGACAUGUACGCGACGCUCCACCACAGCUACACGAGGGUGCUGACGGAGGCCGAGGAAGCCGAGGAGCUCAAGCGCGCCCUCUCCUCCCAGAUGAUACAGCUCCUCUUCGAGCAGGAGCAACGCCUCGAGGGGUACCUAAGGGAGUGGAUAACCUUCGACGGCGGAGCCGGCCCUGGUCUCCUCGCGGCGGCGGCGGGGGAUACUGGUGGUACCUCCCCCGGCGCGGCGUGUGGAAACGGCGGCACUACCGAUCGGGGACCCGGCGGGGUGGUAGGCUGCAACGGCGACGUCACCGCAGCUGUAGCAGUUUCGACCGCGACCGGCGCGGGGGGUUCGGGGGGGGGGGGUGGAGUUGAUUCAUCCCCGGGAGGGGAGGCGUCCCCUGGUGCUGUGUCGACAAGGGCGUCGGGUGUCGGCGUCGGUGGUCCGAGCGUUGACGGCGGAGUCGGUGGUGGCGAUAAUCAUGACGAUGAUGGUGACGAUGGCGGCUUCGAGAAGGUUGACGCGUGGAUGGCAGACGGGGACAGAGAGGGGGCCCCGCAGACGGGGAGGGAGGGGUGCAUCGGCAAGGACGCCGCGCCAGGGCUCGUUCCUCGAGACGCUCGCUUAGUGGACACGACAUAGCUGAAUCCGUGAGACGCGCUACGUGGGGGGGAUGGGAGAAAUACAUUACGCGGUGUAUGAUGGUGGCGAUUGCUACUGGUGUGGUACUUUUCUUCAGUUUUUUUUUGUAGAAGUGGUCUCUUGUGCGUGUUUUAUUGUUGCUUGUUUUGCGUUUUAGAGCCGAUCGCCGGGGUUGGACUGCCCACUUUUGAGGCUGGACCCCUGACGAUCUCAUUUUGUUCGUUCGAUUAUUAUUUUUGCUUGAAGUGGCUUGGUUCCGGCGGAGACUCGUUCUUACUCUCAUCCCUAUUUUUUCCGAAGCAAGCGGCGGUGUUGUGCCGAACAAGGGUCCCAUGGUCGGCCGCGAAUUUGCGCAGCACAUGUUGGUGUGCGUUUGGUUGCUUUUUUCAUCGUUUCUCUUGUUUUUGAUGCAGAGGACCGUUGAUGUCGGCCCGUCAUUGAUGAACGAUCAGUCAGGCGGCU